GGCAGGCAGCUGGAGUUUGGAGUCAGAGAAAAAGGCAGAGACUUCGCGCUCAAAGCAAGUGUUCACACCGGGACAGAUGAUUUCUCCCCCCUGUCCUCCGUAACGUAACUAGUUUUUAUCUCAGCGCUUGGACAAUACAACAAAGCCAGUUUACGACUUGUUUGGAGCGUGUGGAGCAGCGCGCGGAGAUGGAGCUGUCAUCAAUAGGAGACCAAGUGUUUGCUGUUGAGUCAAUAACAAAAAAGAGAGUGAGAAAGGGUAAUGUGGAGUACCUACUGAAAUGGCAGGGAUGGCCACCAAAGUACAGUACUUGGGAACCAGAGGAGAAUAUUUUAGACCCGCGUCUGGUCCUGGCCUAUGAAGAGAAUCAGGAGAAGAUCAGAGCUCUGGCCUAUCGCAGGAAAGGUCUCAGACCCAGGAGGCUCGUCCUGCGGAACAUCUUUGCCAUGGACCUCCGCAGUGCCAACAAGGUCUCGGAGAAGCCCCCCCCUCGAUUGCGUCUCUCCCUCACCCGGUCCAUGAGUACAGAUGUGGACCAGGGUGAGCGGAGCAGCCUGUACCGUGGCUUAGCCAGGAGGAAGAGCAAGCAGAGGGUGUCCAAACGGGGGCCCCCGAGACCCUCAAACAAAACCACCUUUCCACUGAAGAAGAUGGAGGAGCCCAUUGAAGAGGACUGGGGCGUCACCAGCGAAGAAGAGAAGCAUGAGUCUGAAAGCAUUACCGAAGAGAGAAGUAAAGACAGUUUAUAUGGUCAGUCAGAGUGCAGCUCCCCACCCUUGCUUGAGCGACAGGAUUUAGAGAUGGACGUAGAGGAGAAGGUGGACGCCGACCUGCCAGCGGUAGGCACAGAAACAUGGAUUGACAGACCGGGUGGAGGGACAUCUGAAACAAGACAGAUCCAAACGUUUGCGUGCAGCCAAUCAAUAGACAGUGCCUCGGAGGCCAUAACGGAAGAUGUGGUUUCUGUCAUCGACAGAUCAGACUGGGACAUAGGUGAGGAGAGCGUGGAGUCAGACGGAUUAGAGAUUAGAUUAGAGAGCAGUGUGUGUCAGAGCAGCAACACGACCUCGGUGAUAGUGAGCGUUCAGGGGAGCAGCGAGACAGCAUGUGAGUGCUCCCCUACUGAGGCAAGGAAGGAGGAAGUGAGUGACGACAAUCCAAGUGUUACCAAGACAGCACCAGGCAGCCAGACUCCUGCCGUUGCAGCAGAACAACCCGGGAACGUGAUUUCCACCGACGUGACUAUCAACUCUCUGACGGUGACUAUUAAAGAAGCGGUUGUGGCUGAAGGCUUCUUUAAGGGAUAUUGAAUAAUGAGAAAGAGAUGAAGAGAGAUCACAAUAACCAGAAUUAGAUCAGCCACUCAUUUUAUACAUGUAAAGGAUGUGUAUAUUGGGUAAUUCCAUCUAUUUUAAUCUGAUUAUCCUGGGCCGGGUCACGGGGCAGCAUGCUAUAAGCAAAACAUUGCUGACAUCCCUGUGGCCAGCAACGUUUUGCAGCUCUUUCUGGGUAACGCUGUGGUGUUCCCAGGCAAAAUUAAAUAUAUAAUUUCUCACGAUAUAGAAAUUACAUAUUACCUUUUAUCAGUAGGACGGGCUUGGAAAACCUCUAAUGGUGUGUUCACACCAAACUCCAAAAAAACUUUUCAAGUAGCGUGAUUGCAAUUGUGAAUGACAAAGUCGAGCAAAGAGGCAAAGAGAAGCAAUUUCGAGUCAGGCUGUUGCAAAAAUCUAAGAGCGUUCAAACACUUGUGCAUAGCGUAGCCCCAGUCCUUCCCAAAACCAUUCAGAAAACAGAGCUGACAAAGCAUAAAUUCAGACUUUUUACAAAUUGGUAUUGUAAUGUAGUUAUUUUGGCGUACUUUUACUUUAUUGCAAUUAACCACAGCUAAAUCUGUACCUCAAGUAGCGCUGGAAGCGGCAAUCAUCCAGAUGCACUUCCUGCACACCGAGCUGUGUGUGCCUCCGGAUGAUGUUAUGAACCCAGACACGAUUUGGAUUUCCAAAGUAUCUGGGACUUCCACAACGGGUACAGAGCACCAAAGUGGUCAUUUGGCCAUGCUUGAUGAGGGAGAGAAAUGUUGUUGCCAACAGCCCUACACCAAAGUUCCCUUCACAGUUGGUACAGAACAUUACGGGAGGCACACAGGAGGCAUCCUAAUCAGAUGACCAAACCAACACAUGUCUUUAGAAGUAGCAGCUCCCUGUUACCUCUGGAUGUCUGGGAGGCUCCCCCUAUCAUAAAAGCUGAGUCCUUCCACCCUACAGAGGAAACUCAUUUCACCUGCUUGUAUCUGAGAUGUAAUUUGUUUCGGUCCCUAGCCGAAACUCAUGACCAGGGCCACAGGGAGUCUGCAGACCCAGAAUUCUGCAGAUUUCCCGCAGAUUUGAAACAAAUGCAAAAUUAAAUAAAAUAACAACUCUGAAUGUUAACACAUGACCACCUCAAGCAGAAAGACAGUUCGUUAAACUCUGCAGAUUUUCCUUCUGGAUCACCGAUAAAAACUGUAAAAACAUCCGCAGAUUCCGUUUGGGUCUGCUCGUGACCAUAGGUGAGGGUCCAAACGUAGAUGGACUGGUAACGCUCGCAUCAUUGCUGACGCCGCAUCAAGCCACCUGUCCAUCUGUCCCUCUAUUUUACCUUCACUCGUGAACCAGACCCCGAGAUACUUGAAGCUCUUUGCUUGGGACAGUAACUCACUCCCAACCCAAAGGGAGCAAUCGAUUGUUCUGCAGAGAACCAUGGCCUCAGACAUUUACCGACUCUCAUCCCAACUGCUUCACACGCCCUGCAAACCGCCCCAGUGCAUGCUCGAGGUCACGGUCUAAUGAAGCCAACGGAAUCACAUCAUCUGCAAAAGGAUAUGAAUAAGUCUUCCCCCCCCCCAAGUGUUCAAACUCUGCCUCCUCCUCAGAGGAUGUGUUAGUCGGGUUCAGGAGUUCCUCAAAGUGCUCUUUUCACUACUCAACAAUAUCUCCAGUCCGGGUCCGCACUUCUCCUCCCCUGCUGAACACAGCCUUAGCCAAACUCUACUUUUCCUUCCUGAGUUGUUUAAAGGUUUUCUAGAACUUCCUUGAGGACAAGCAAAAGUCUUUCUCCAUAGCCUUCCCAAACUUCUCUUUACUCCAUGGUCUUAGCCCACCUGGCCAACCGGCUGCUGCAGGAGAACCCAGGCCUACCAAGCCGAAAGGCCUCCUUCUUUGGCUCAAAGUGUCAUUAGGUUGCUGCCACAACAGGCACAGACAAACUUCUGACCACAACACAGCAUCCGCUGCCACAAUGGAUGUUUUGAACAUGGUCCACUCAAAUCCCCUGUCUUCAACAUCCCCGAGAUGCACAACAAAUUCUUCUGGUGGCAGGAGUUAAAGAGCUGGUGGACAGGAGCCUCCGCCAGUCGUUCUCACUUCAUCCUCACCACACGUUUGGCCCAGCCCGUCUCCAGGGGUUUGGUUCCAGAAACAGUGCAAAUAUAUCUCGCUGAUAUGGCUCCGUCUCCCGGACCAGCUCUGGAUCCUUCCUAGCCAGAGAGGGAGAUGUUUCAUGGUCCCUAUAGAUCCAAUCUGCAAUGCCAGGGGUCAGAACACCGAGGUUCCCACCUUUGCCUGCCGCUCGGCUCACAAUGCAGCCAACCCCAAUGCCUAUCCCUGCGUGUGGUGGGACCCCAGGGUGGCAGCUCCACGUUGUUCUUGAUGAUGUGCCUGGCCGAGCCCAUAGGUCAAGAACCUAUAGGUAAUUCCACGUGUUUACAAAGCUACACUCAUUUCCUACUGAGUUCAAGAAGACAUUGUUGCCUUUGAAUAAUUAAUGAGUGGUAAUUUUAUCAUUGUGGCUCAUGCAUUAGACGUGAUAGGAAGCCUGCGGCCCCAAAAAGUGUCCUCGACUCAUCCAUUGCAAUCCAGAGGACUAAAUGGAUCUCCAUGGCAGCUUUCAUUCCUGGGGUCACCGGGUUCUCUGAGAGGUGGAGACAGAUGCUGAGACA